CGUCCAAAAAGCAGCUGGCGCCUUCUGCAAGCUCCUUUCCAAAUUGAGCCAGCUGUUAGCACCUUAGCACCCCUACCCCCCUGCGCCUGGAUUCAACGGAUGGCUUCAUCAACACUGCCAGCCUUCGCGCUGUUCCCUGUUGCAGCCUGGAGGGACCAGCUGCUGCCGGACGAGUGGGUCGGCUGUCUCAAUGCCUGGGUGGCUCUUAUCGACAGCCACCUGUCGCUGUCCGAGGCGGAUUUCUUGACGGUCUCAGUCAAGGACGACAGUCUCCGAGCCUUUCUCACCACUUUACUCCGGGAGGUUGCUCUAGGAGGCCUCGGCGUUCUCGGCUCUUCUUCGUCGGCAAAGAGGUUGUUGAAAGAUGCCCUGGCUCUUGUCACCCGUCUACUGCAGUCGUCCUCACCUCCCCAUGAACUGGCACAGUGGGAGUUCCUGGGCGACCUGAGCCGUGUGUACGGGAAGAAGAAGGCUGAGACCCUCUUGAACAGCCUCUCCCCAGCUUCAAAGGGGUAUUUGGAUUCGUCCUUGGCUGCUCUUAAAAGGUUUCUUGUCAAGAACCUUGAUGCCGGUCUCGAUGGGGGCGAUCUCAAGGGGAUCGAGGACCGUCUGGAGAGGGUAAACGACCUGCUUCGCGUUGCUCCCUCGGUUGCUGAGUUCUUCUUCGCCGGCAGCGACUUUGUUGACGGCCUCAUCAGUUGCUACAAGAUUAUGAACCCUCCCCUGAGAAAAGCGCUGAUAGCGACAACCUACCUGGGUCUGAUGGGCCUGGCCGAGGGCCAAAAGAUGUCCACUCUCACCGACCAGCUUUACUCGCUUAAAGCUGCCGCAGACAUGCACAGGGCCGGGCCCCUCAACGUUAAUGACUCUCUUGUCGCCGAGCUUGUGACCUCCACACCUCUGCUUCAGCGGUUGCAGCGCAAACUGGAGGAAUCCAACAGUUCCUCCAGCCGGACCAAAUCCGUCCUUGCGGAGCUGGGAAGCUUCAAGAAGCCCGGCGGCACAAUGCCCAAGCCUAAGCGGUUAAUCAGGCGCAAAAUCGACAAGGGCAAGGGCCUCGCCGAGUACGACGAGGCACAAGCCCAGCAGGAGCUGCACAUUCACCUCAUGAGCCACAUCUCCCAAGUCCAAGAGCUCUUCCCAGACCUCGGCUCAGGCUUCAUUGCCAAGCUUCUCGACGAAUACGAUAAUAAUCCCGAGGAGGUCAUCGCCCGCCUUCUCGACGACUCACUCCCUCCACACCUGCAAUUCGCCGACCGCAGCGAGGACCUCACCACCAGCACCACAACAACAACCAAACCGACCAUCCGCCGCUCCUCCCUCGCCCCGCGCCCAACCCCACCCUUACUCCCCUCCCACGCCGACGCCGACGUCGACGCAGACGACCUCGACCUGCUCACGGCCCCCACCUCGCGGCUCCACAUCGGCAAGCGGCCCGGCGACGCAGACACGCUGCUUGCCGACCGCGCAGCGGCACCCAGCAAGGCAGCGAUCCUAUCGGCACUAGCGGCGUUCGACGCAGACGACGACGAGCGGGACGACACGUACGACGCAGCGGACGUGGGCGGGGCCGUGGUCGACGCGCCGGCGGCCGAGGAGGCGCUGCUGCCGGAGGGGACGGAGGCGGUGCUGUUCCGGGCGUGGGCGGCGGACCCGGGGCUGUUCGCGCGCGGCGCGGAGGCGCGGCGGCGCGCCGAGCGGGCCGCGCUGCGCGCCGAGACCGGCAUGACGGACGAGGCGGUCGAGGGGUGGGCCGUGAUGCUGGCGCGGAACCCGGCGCUGAAGAGGCGGUUGCAGGCGAGGUACGGCGAGUGGAGUGGCGAGCAGGAGGAGCUGGGGAGGACCGCUUGGCGGGCGGGGGCUGAUGACGAGGAGGGGGAGGGUGAGGGCGAGGGCGCUGGGGCUGGGGCAGGGCAGGCCGCGAGAGGCGGUGCAUAUGGGAGGGGCCGAGGUAGGGGGAGGGGUGGAAGGGGGAGAGGCGGCGCGGGAGCGGGACCGCCUGCGGAUUCGGACCUGGCGAGACGGAGGAAGGAGGCGAAUAAAGGGAGCCGCGCGAACCAUAACCGGCGCGACCAGCGGGCGAGGAAGAUGGCGCGGGGCGGAUUUGCGGGUUAAGCCGGGACUUGGCAGACGUGUCAGGAUAUAACCGUCCAGGCCGUCAUCACCCAUAUAAUAUACCUCCGUAGAAGUGGCGGAGAGCCUGUCCAUAGCAUCCCCUGGGUCAAACAAAGCACACCCC